GCUCAGUGGUGUUCACACCGGAGCCGGGUACAUGGCACUGACAUGUGGACGCAGCGUGAGCGCACUGACCGGAGCCAACACUGGGCCAUAUGCGCAAAAAUACAUAAAAGAGAAGACUCAGAGCUGGGAUGGACAACAGGGAGGGGCGGAGCCUGGCAUGUGACGUCACCCGACGGCCGCCUGUGCGUUUAAAGCCCCUGGUGGGGACUGCGGUCAGGCAGACUUUAAAAGCCUUGCAGCCCUCUAACGGGCCAUUUGACAGCCUUGACCCGCUGCAGCUCGCUCCUCCUCAUCCCCCCUCUGCUCCGCGACGAUUCCUACACAGACUACACGGUGGUCCCACAGCCCGCCGCCGGGACCGAACCCUUCCGCCGCUCGGUGCCUUCUUGGCUGAGAGGACCAUAAUCCCGGUGCCGUCCUCUCCGUGCGCCCCGUCUUCCAGCAGGCCACCGGCUCCUCUGUGACUCUGUUCCCAUGCGAUUCUUCAGACUCACAUUCAAGUGCUUCGUGGAUUGUUUUUGAAGGUCGCUGUCCGACUGUCGGUGGAAUUCCAUUUAUUUUCUGUUUUCACCAUUUUUACUUCGUCAUUUCGUCUCUUAUUUUUGAUUUUAAUAAGAACUGUCUCCCUAUAGUUGUUAGAUAUUUUCGGUUUUUUCCCUUUUUAUGCGUUAAGUCCGAAUCGGUGCUCCUGGAUAAAACUGGGUUCACACAUAAACAGACUGGACUGAUCCUCGACCCGCAGGCUGCUCACCCACAGAAACUCUCAUUACUGAACCAGAAGAGUAAAGGCAGGAGCAGCCGAGAGCUCAGACUACAGGGACCCACUGACUCGUCUGUCCCCGACGCGCCUGGGGCUCCGACAGGACGUGGACUAAACCAGAACCAGGGACAACGGACGAAGAUCUAGACGGUGUGCUCUAUUACUGGUUCUUCACUGGCAUCUGACUGGUUUGGGAGGGAGAAACGGAUCUGAGUGGUUUUAGGGAAAUUAAUUAAGUAAAGGGAAAAGACAUUUUAGGGGAAAACACAGGAGAAAGGUCCAAACCUUUAAAUUAAAUUAAAUUUAAUUAAAGGGACGCCUGAAGGAGACAUUCAGACCCACAGCUGACUUUUCCUGACUGGUUGCUACUGGUUUGUAGCUGGUGGCAGUUGUUGGGGUGAUUCUAACUGGGAAACGAGAGACAGGACAAGAACUUCCAGGAACUAAAGGGAAUUCAGGAAAGAGACAGGCUGAGAGUCUCGAGCCCUUCCUGACUGUUGUGUGGACUGAGAUGGAGAAGCAGAGCCUGGCAGCUUCGCCCUGUUCCCUGGGCCUCGUGGAGGAGACCAAGAAGGGCCCCCUCCUCCUGUGUAAUGGUGCUGGUUACCCCACCGCGGCUCCUGACAGCAGCCUUGUCCCAAUGGUGGGCUCCAGCAGUGCUUGUGCCGGUACAGACAAAAAAGGGGGUGUGGACACAGGGGCAGGGACGGGAUAUCCAGAGCGGGAAAUGUGGACGCGGCAGAUGGACUUCAUUAUGUCCUGCGUUGGCUUCGCUGUUGGUCUCGGCAACGUGUGGAGGUUCCCCUACCUGUGCUACAAGAAUGGAGGAGGUGUCUUCCUGAUCCCCUACCUGCUGAUCGUCUUCAUUGGAGGGAUCCCCAUCUUCUUCCUGGAGAUCGCUCUCGGACAGUUCAUGAAGGCCGGCAGCAUCAACGUGUGGAACAUCGCUCCUCUGUUUAAAGGUCUGGGCUGUGCCUCCAUGGUGAUCGUGUUCUUCUGUAACACCUACUACAUUAUGGUGUUGGCCUGGGGCUUCUACUACAUGAUCAAGUCCUUUACCUCCUCCCUGCCCUGGGCCUCCUGUGACAACGAGUGGAACACACCCAGCUGCAUCGAGAUCUUCAGCCACCAGGACUGCAGCAACGCCAGCCUCGCCAACGCCACUGUCAACGCCACUGUCAACGGCAACAUGACCUGCGCUGAGCUGGCGGAUGGGCAGUCGCCCAUCAUUGAGUUCUGGGAGAACAAGGUGCUGAACAUCUCGUCUGGUCUGGACGAAGCCGGGCAGGUGAACUGGGAGCUCACAUUGUGUUUGAUGGCCGUCUGGGUUAUGGUCUACUUCUGCGUCUGGAAGGGAGUCAAAUCCACUGGGAAGAUUGUGUACUUCACAGCAACCUUCCCCUACGUGGUCCUCGUCAUCCUGCUGGUCCGAGGAGUCACACUUCCUGGAGCCUACGACGGCAUCAUGUAUUACAUCAAACCCAACUGGACCAAACUGGGGGAGGCUCAGGUGUGGAUAGACGCCGGCACACAGAUCUUCUUCUCCUACGCCAUCGGACUGGGAGCUCUGACUGCACUGGGCAGCUACAACCGCUUCAACAACGACUGCUACAGGGACGCCUUCAUUUUGGCUCUGAUAAACAGCGGAACCAGUUUCUUUGCUGGUUUUGUUGUGUUCUCUAUCUUGGGCUUCAUGGCUGCAGAGCAGGGGGUCGACAUCUCGCAGGUUGCUGAGUCAGGUCCAGGUCUGGCCUUCAUUGCGUAUCCGAAGGCUGUUAGUCUCAUGCCGGUGGCUCCGCUCUGGGCGGCGCUCUUCUUCUUCAUGCUGCUGCUGCUGGGACUGGACAGUCAGUUUGUUGGGGUCGAAGGUUUUGUUACUGGAAUUCUGGACCUGUUUCCUGGAAAGUACCAGCACCGCUACAGAAGGGAGAUCGCUGUAGCUGCAUGCUGCUUGUUGUGCUUCAUCAUCGACCUCUCCAUGGUGACACAGGGAGGGAUGUACGUCUUCCAGCUGUUUGACUACUACUCGGCCAGUGGAAUGACUCUGCUUUGGCAAGCAUUCUGGGAAUGCACAGUAGUCGCCUGGGUCUACGGUGCUGACCGCUUCAUGGACGAUGUAGCUCGUAUGAUUGGCUACCGGCCUUUCCCCUGGAUGAAGUGGUGCUGGUCCUUCAUCACUCCAUGUGUCUGCAUGGGCAUCUUCCUGUUCCACCUCAUCAACUACAAGCCCCUGACCUACAACAAUGUGUACGUGUACCCGUGGUGGGGCGAGGUGAUUGGCUGGUGUCUGGCUCUGUCCUCCAUGCUCUGCAUCCCCGUCGGCGUGCUCUACAAGCUGUUCAGAGCCAAGGGAACCUUGAGACAGCGCUGGGCCCACCUGACCAGUCCAGUGUGGGGGGCUCAUCACCUGGAGUACAUGGCCCCUGACCUCAAGUCUCUGAGCUCGCUGUCCCCCGACACAGACGACAACAGGGUCAUCAUCUUUGAAAGUGUCAUGUAGCUGGGCUCCACCAAUCACAGCAUUCCAUCUCCACCCAUCCCACCUCCGACAAGAUGAUCUGACAGCUCACCAGCAAAACCUUGACCUUCAGAUUUCCCUCCCCUGAUACCAGGCCUUAGAAUGGAUCCCUGAACUGACUGAUGAAUUGGCUGUCUCUUUGAAUUAAUGGCCUGAAGGGUAACCUUGGAUGCACUGAUUGGUUGGUCUUCUCAUCUCCUCCAGGCGUCACCAAACCUGCAAAGGUUUUUCACUCCUGUAACAGAAUAAAGGAAAAGGGAAUAAGGCAGUUCCUCCAGGAGGGUGUGUCCAACUACACCAACGACGAAUGCUUCCUCUCUCCCAGUUUACAGCUAACCCAGCAGAUCACUGGCUUCUUUAGCUGUGAAGGGCUUCGACAACAUGUAAAUAUGAUUCUCUUUUACUGUGGGGGCAGCUUUUCUACCUGAUGUAAUCUUGCUGUGCAGUUAGGCUGCUUCUAUCCUGGAUGAUGAUCAAUGCAAUAUUGUGUUGGGGAUGGUGGGACUUGCAAACAAACACACAGCUGAUUAUCGGCCAUCACACACACACUGCCUGUCCUCAGUAUUAAACACUGGUGCUCGACACUUGUGGGUAAAAUUCUAACUUCAGUUUGGCACCUUAAACAGCUGUUUGUGUAAUGGCUGACUGUGAAGACAGAACUGUAGACAGACGGACUGACCCACAGAGAAUGAACAGGGCUUAAAAAAUGGCAGAGACCGUCUGAUGUUCAGCUCUGUGGUCAAACGUGAGAAAAGGCCCUCGCCACUGGAGAAACCUGGGGUGGGAUUCCUAAACCUCCACUUUAGUUCUCAGGACACUUGAAAAAGUUUCCAUGUCUGAGUGUCCUUUGUGAGUUUUCAGAAGUCCUGUUUCGGCGUUUGCUGAAUUUUAUGGGGGUUUCGUUCCACACGUGUUUGACAACAGGACUGAAGUACAAACAUCUCUCUAUAGACAGUAUAAGGUACCAUUAAAGGGAAACACUCAAGUAAAGUACAAGUACUUCAGAGUUGAACUUAAGUACUUUCCAUCAGCAGGUGUAGAGUAUCAGUGACCAGGCUCAGGUAUGAAAUCAUCUUUCUCUUAAUAACCAAACCAACAAUACCUGGUAUCUCCUGUGAUGCCCAGCAGACCAACCACACACUCAUCCAGUCUAUGGACACAAACACAAACUAAAGUCAGGAGAUGAAACCUCAGAUAAAAA